UCCUUGAACCACGUGGUCAAUCCUCAUAUUUUGCUCCUUACAUCUUCGCGACUUGCUUUUGAACUUCCUCCAAAAUUAUUGCUUUCGAUUUCACUUUGCUUUCUCGUUUUUUAUAAUAUGUCUUUCCUUGGACGUGGUGGUCCAUCACCAGCUGGUGGUGUCAACCAUGAGCGCGUUGAAAUGGCCAUAAACGAAAUUGACAUGGUUUCAGACGUCUUUAACCGCAUCGUUUCUUCAUGUCACUCCAAGUGCAUUAGUCCUCGCUAUGCCGAAGGAGACCUCAACAAGGGCGAGAGUGUCUGCAUUGAUAGAUGUGUGGCAAAGUUCUUCGAAGUUAACAAGAAGGUCGGAGAAAAGAUGCAGAGCGCAGGAGCGAGUGCACAGGCCACGGGGUCAUCGAGCUUCUCGCUAUGAGAAUGACUGCACGAGGGACAUUCAUGGAUGGUUAUGAUAGCUUCGACUUGUUCUACAACGUAAUGCAUUGGUGCACGACUAUCCAUCCCAACACAUUAGACAAACAUGUAUCGGACGGAUCCUACUUGGUAAAGUUCGGGAAACACUCUGCUAAUGUUUUCGUGUGCUUGUUCUGGGCGUGCUCCUCUAGUCUGCAUGUACAUUAUCAGUACAAAUCGCUUCUCCCAUAUUCUCAUUUUAUGAAAGGCAGACACUUACGCUGGUGCACGGGUAGUUAGCAGCUGAGAUGGAAUCGAUUAGAGUGAUAUAGACAGAAUCUAUGAGCAAAAACUUACGAAGGUCUGUCUGCAAGUCUGGC